AUGGCCGAAACGCCCACCACCCCCCGCAUUACCUCUCCCUACUUAAAUUCCUUCACUUCGCGCACUGUGCGUAUGGUGGGAAAAGUGACGCAGUUAAGAGGUGAUGAGGCAAAUAUUGAGAGUGAUGGGGCUGUGACUGUAAUUUUGAAUCGGGACUCCCAUCUCCAAGUCGGAAACGCCGUCGAGAUCGUCGGGAAAGUAAACCAAGACCUAAGUGUCAAAGUACUAAAAGCCACUGAUUUCGGCACAAAUUUCGAUUUCGCAGCAAUGAACGCCCUAGUCGACGCAAAUCAUCGAUACAAGGAAAUCUGGUAUACCGAGGGAUAAGAAAUCAUCAACUGUUACCUGUAUUCAAGGACGUUGAGGGCAAGGCAAGACACAAAAUUAUGAUGCCUUCGUUACAGAUAAAUGAGGUAGAUAUACAACUACCACGAGAAAACAUGAUAUGAUAUGGAAUUCUGCAGGGUAAAAGGAAUAGAAGAGAAUGAGAGGUGAUGCUACUUGUUAGAAAGAAUGGAAGGAAUCGAGGCCGAGUAAUAGAUGAGUAGAGGCAGCCGUGAUCUCAAAUCCUGCUUACAUCACAUCCCUCUAUUCAAUGGAAUACCUUGAUGGCGAGCUUAUCGAGAAAAUGCACAAAGAAACAAUACAACACAUAAAGUCAAC